AGCCAUCAGCGGCAGCUUGGAUGGAGCUCCAGUCUAAUCGGUCCAACGCCGCAAUCUUCAUCAUCAACCACCCGCCUCGCCGCCAGCUGCCUCGCCGUCGACAGCAUCCUCCUUACCACGCGGCAUAACAACACAUAUCGUCAGGAUCAGCCUAGCCUCGUCUCCCCCGUCCGUCGAGAUGAUGCUACUCAAUGGGCUAGCUCUCGCCGGCCUCGCUGGCCUGGCCUCGAGCGCAGCAACCCACGAGCAGGCCGAAGUCUACAUCCUCAACUCCAAGCCCGCAGCCCCGCCAUCGUCUUCGUCCUCCACACCAGUAACACCCAGCCUGCCCCGCCAGCUGGCCCGCGACAUCCUCUUCCAGCGUGUCGCCGGGGACCUGCAGCUCAAGGACCUGUCCAGCACCAUCGUCGGCGACAGGGUCCUCUCAUAUUUCGACCAGUACGGCAGGAGCCCACGGCCUCUGUUCGGGGAAUCCACCGAGGACAUCUCCCCGUCGCAGCUGGUUGUGCUGCUCGAGGGUGUCACAGACGACAACGCGAGGCCGCUGAGGGAAGGGCUGCGCAAGGAGGACUUCUCGCCCGCUUUUAACAUCGAGGACGCGCCCUCCGCCAAGGCCAACAAGCACCUCGUCGAUGUUGAGUUUGCCCACGGCGGCGUGUCUGGAUCGUGCGAUGUUUCAGCUGCCAUCAACCCGUACGACAGCUGCUGGAAGGGCAUGUCGCUGGUGGUCAAGUACGACGCCGCGAAGGACCCCGAGGCCCUCCAGGCCCUCGUCGACAACCUCCCCGCCCUGUCCAAGUCCGUCGCCUCCAACAACAUCGAAGCAACCCUGGUGCUCCUCCCCGAAUCCUCCCGCGGCUCCAAGCACUCCUACUGGACCACCGGCGCCCCGACCGACCUCCGCCGCCGCUUCUCAGACGAGGCCCCGAUGAGCGACAGCCCCAAGGCCGUCGAGACGGUCGACAAGGUCAGCGUGUCCCCCGGCAGCGGCGCCGCCGCCGCCGUGGACCUGGGGGCGUUCGCCAACAGCAACAACAAGAAGGGCGACAAGAUGAACCUGGGCUGCUUCAGCAGCCUCAACUCGUGCGCGGCCGCGACGGGCAACUGCACCGGCCACGGCGCCUGCGUCGACAAGUACGCCGUGCCCGGCCAGGGGUCCGGCGAGAAGGUGUGCUUCGUCUGCAGCUGCCUCAGCACCAAGAAGUUCCCCGACCGGGAGGACAGCAAGCACGUCCACUGGGGCGGCGCCUACUGCCAGAAGAUCGACGUCAGCUCGCCGUUCUGGCUCAUCGCCACCACCACGGUCGUCCUCAUCGGCCUCGUGGGCGGGUGCAUCGCCAUGUUGUUCAGCAUCGGCGAGGAGAAGCUGCCCGGUGUCAUUGGUGCCGGUGUCUCGAGGUCCAAGUGAGGUGGUGACGGGGGG